AUGCACUUUGUUCUAACAAGAGCAGACCGAGAGAAAACCAAAGAGCCGUGUUAUCUGCCACAACCUGGGAUUGAGUCAGGAAGCAGAAUCAUUCUGGAUAUGACAUCUAAAAACUGGAUAUUAAUUUCUACUACGAGCCCCACAAGUUUGGAAGAUGAAAUUAUGGGAACAAUUCUAAAAAUUUUGUUUGUUAUCUUUGUUGACUUAAUGUCUAUUAUUUAUGUUGUUGUAACUUCUUAG